UGUUAAAUGUCACCCCGAAGUUCUGGUGUUUUGUAUCUGUGGUUUUUGGAUUAAAGUCAAGUUUUGUAUCAUUCUCUUCUUUCUUUCCUCUGAGUGAAUCGUGACACCAGGCAGGUGUGUUGAAGUUGAACUCUGCAGGACAUCAACCUGCAGGAUCGGACCCACUUGGUCUAAAGUGAUGGAUGCAGUGAUGGGCAUACUGUGAAUUGAUCAAAGUCCCAUCUGUGUGCAGCCUGCGACUGAUGCACUGCAUGGCAAAAUACCUGUGGAAGUCAUACAGAUGCCAGGCGGUGGUGUAACGGUGAAAGACGUCAACCAGCAGGAGUUUGUCCGCGCGCUGGCAGCCUUCCUCAAGAAGUCGGGGAAGCUGAAGGUGCCAGACUGGGUUGACAUUGUAAAGCUGGCCAAGCAUAAAGAGCUGGCUCCCUGCGACGAGAACUGGUUCUACGUCAGAGCCGCCUCCACAGUGCGUCACCUGUACCUGCGUGGAGGUGUUGGCGUAGGCUCCAUGACCAAGAUCUACGGUGGCCGUAAGAGGAACGGCGUGUGCCCCUCUCACUUCAGUGUGGGCUCCAAGAACGUAGCCCGUAAAGUGCUCCAGGCCCUCGAGGGACUCAAGAUGGUGGAGAAAGACCCCAAUGGUGGGCGUAAGCUGACCCCUCAGGGCACCAGAGACCUGGACAGAAUUGCUGGGCAGGUUGCAGCUGCAAGCAAGAAAUCUUGAAGUGUAAAAUAAACUUUUGUGAGAAACCAA